AUGGCUUCCAACCAGCCAACUCUUCUUGAGUACGCUAGAUUCUACAAUAUCGCAGAGGACUCCACUCGAUAUUGUCCAAUCAACUAUGCAGACAGCACAUUCGACCGACGCUUUUGCACCCAGCUCUUGAUGGAGAAGCUCCCGGUUAAGUCUGAAGAUAUGGAUAUGUUGGGCAGCUGUCUCCAGCUCGAGUCCGUCAAUGGAAAUAUCUGGCGUGGCAUCCUGCCUCAAGUGACAACAUCUGACGCUAAAGGCGAGCCUCAUCUCCUCACAACCGCGCAUGAGAAUAUGCUCACUUCGUCCGAGUUUCACGCCAACUUCGCCCAGAAUCCGCUUUCAUCUUCGCCUAGCACUAUGGUUCGUCUGGUUGUUCCUAGUGGUCCUGAUGUUCCUGCCGUCCCUAUCAACACGCGGGAUGUCUUUGACCAAUACAAUUCGGGCCCAAGCAGUCUCGACGGUUUUACUCUGCCUGAAAGUGUAGCUGCCCAGUCCCCGAAUAUUCCGACAUCCCAUCUUGCAGGUGACGCUGUGCCCCCCAUCAUGGAACCAUCGGGCAACGUGCGUCAGUUUAUCAGUGCUGAGUCCGAUCUUGUUCCCUCUAUUGAAGACCAGGAAAACGAGAGUUACGCUUCAAGUGUCAGCUCUGAAUAUCACACCGAAAGUGACUUCAGUGCAGUUGCUUUUGAUAACACCGCACCUUCAUUUGAAGUCAGUCCAUACAAAAACGCGCCACUCACCCUCACUACUGUUUCCCCCAAUCUGACCAAAGAAAAAGGAUUCUCCGUUGGCAGGAAUGACAGCCAGAAAGCGAAAGCACCAAGAGCUUUGAAGGAAAAGAAAGAAAGGAAGGCUUUGUUGGAGCCUCCGGUGGAUAUAGGAAUGCCUUGUGAACCGAUGGGAAUCGCGACUGCUUCUUUUAGUGCGCUCCAUGAAGACACACUUGUGCCAAAGGAUGCAUGCUUGAGUUCCUCAAUAACUCAGCCAGCAAACGAUCAGGAUAUCACUCAGCUAGCACGAGAUUCACAGAAUGCAAAUGAUCACCAUGUUUUCUUCCAAACCCCGUACGAGCAAAACCUCAAUGCUAUGGCAACACAUACUUCCUCAUCCGUGGACAAGAGAGCCUCUUGCAUCACUCAAGGGAAGCUUUUUCGCAUGAAACUGGGCUACAAGUUGGAUUCCAGGCGAUCGAGAAAAAACGCCUUCAAGCCUCCACAUGCUGUUUCUUCCGUAGAUUAUGCAAAGACCCCGAAAUCCUCUAAAACAAUGUUUGGUGGCCUCGGAUCCCUCUCCCUGUUUAUGCAAACCAGGGGAAGUGACGGAGGAUAUACUACCUCGUCGCAUGAUCCAUCAUCCCUUUCCCUGUCAACAUCUGCAAAAAGUGGACAAGACGAGUCCCCAAGUACUCCUUCAUUCGUGGAUGACGGUCCUCCAGACCCCGGUAAGACACCAUCAGAAUCCUCUCGCUCGCCGAGCCCUGCCUUCGAAAUGCAGGAAAUGGUGACCCGAUCGGCAUUCAACCCGCCACCGAUAUUCUUUUUGUCUACCGCCCUCUUAACAACCCACCGAUCAGUCGUACGAGAUAUGGAGGGGUGGCCAGAGAAUCCACCCAAAUUGAUCUACAGGGACUACGGGGACGUGUACUCGGAUUCCCGAUACCACUACGACGCAGAUAUCAUUCUGGCACCUGAUAGUGGGAUUAUUCUGACAACCCCCCAUGAGCUGACCCAACGAUAUCUUCCAGGGCAUGGUCCAAGGGAUGCAAGGCUCGGUGGGAUCGAGGGACUUAACUCCCCGCUCAGGGAAAAGAUUUUCUGCCUCAUGCAUCGAUAUCUGGUUCUGGUUGUUCUCAUCUGCAAACCCGAAAGUGCAGAUCUCAGCAGAGUUUCGAAUUCCUCCUUGAAAAGGGAAAUCGCCUCUCUCGCUCGAUUUUGUGAUGCCUUCGGCGAAUGGUCCACAACAUUACUGAUACCGAUUCCGAACCACUCGGCAUCAAUUGUGUUGUGGUGUUUCGGUAUGGGUAGGCUUCGUUACGAAUUGUUUCCCCCUGGAAGUAUCGAAAACAUCACAGAAGAGGAGUCGGACUAUGAAGUCGCACUCCGCGACGUGGGAAUUAAUCCUUUCGGGGCACGCUUUAUCUUGGAUAACAUUCGCGUUGGUGGUUUCAGGCAAUAUCCUAGUUCCUAUCCAGGCUCAUCUCCCCUGCCGGCUCAUGAGACAGUCCCCAGCGCCAGUACAGAUUCAAGGGCUUUCGAUGUGUUUAUUAAUAUGGGCCCCCUACAGCAGGUUAUGCAACACGGGUCUUGUCUUGGCAACAAGCAGAUGCACGAAGCGUCGGAAGUGAUCGAAUCAAUGGCGCAGUUGAGCUCCGGUGAGAAUGAGAAUGAGACUAACAGUGAGGAUAUAUACGGUACUCAAAUUAGUCUUGAUUAG